UCCGCGGCGCCCGGGGAGCUGGAGCCGGAGCUGGAUGACCCGCGCCGAGACCGGAGUCUCCUGACCGCUUCCCGGGGGCUGAUGUGAAAUUGGACCAGCUGAUUCCAGUUUCUCUUUUCCUUCAUUAUUAUUAUUGUUGUUGUUAUUUUAAAAUCUCCUCCCCUCGCCAUCUCUUGUGUAGUGAACCAUUAUUCCGGCUUGCUCCGUUCCAAGGGAGGAGAUCAUGAUUGAGUGAAGCCACCCCUGCCCACCACAAGGAAGCACACGGAAGAAACCGCAGCGAUGGCCAAGUUGACGGAGUCCAUGACUAAUGUCCUGGAGGGGGACUCCAUGGAUCAGGAUGUGGAGAGCCCUGUGGCCAUUCAUCAGCCAAAGUUGCCUAAGCAAGCGCGGGACGACCUGCCACGACACAUCAGCAGAGAUCGGACCAAAAGGAAGAUCCAGAGGUACGUGAGGAAGGACGGGAAGUGCAACGUCCAUCACGGGAACGUGAGGGAGACCUAUCGAUACCUGACUGACAUCUUCACCACCUUAGUGGACCUCAAGUGGAGAUUCAACCUGUUCAUUUUCGUCAUGGUUUACACAGUGACCUGGCUCUUCUUUGGAAUGAUCUGGUGGCUAAUUGCUUAUAUCCGAGGAGACAUGGACCACAUAGAGGACCCCUCGUGGACUCCCUGUGUCACCAACCUCAAUGGGUUUGUCUCGGCCUUUUUAUUCUCAAUAGAGACAGAAACCACCAUCGGGUAUGGCUACCGGGUGAUCACAGACAAGUGCCCAGAGGGAAUCGUUCUCCUCUUAAUCCAAUCUGUGUUGGGAUCCAUUGUCAAUGCAUUCAUGGUGGGAUGUAUGUUUGUCAAGAUAUCUCAACCCAAGAAGAGGGCAGAGACCCUGGUCUUUUCCACCCAUGCGGUGAUCUCGAUGCGGGAUGGGAAACUCUGCCUGAUGUUCCGGGUGGGGGACCUGCGGAAUUCCCACAUCGUGGAGGCUUCCAUCAGAGCCAAGUUGAUCAAAUCCAAACAGACCUCGGAAGGGGAGUUCAUCCCCUUGAACCAGACCGACAUCAAUGUAGGCUAUUACACGGGGGAUGACCGCCUAUUUCUGGUGUCGCCGCUGAUCAUUAGCCAUGAAAUUAACCAACAGAGUCCUUUCUGGGAGAUCUCCAAAGCCCAGCUGCCCAAAGAGGAACUGGAAAUUGUGGUCAUCUUAGAAGGAAUGGUGGAAGCUACAGGGAUGACAUGCCAAGCCCGAAGCUCCUACAUCACCAGUGAGAUCCUGUGGGGUUACCGUUUCACACCUGUCCUGACCCUGGAGGACGGGUUCUACGAAGUUGACUACAACAGCUUCCAUGAGACCUACGAGACCAGCACUCCUUCCCUCAGCGCCAAAGAGCUGGCCGAGCUGGCCAGCAGGGCAGAGCUGCCCCUGAGUUGGUCCGUCUCCAGCAAACUCAACCAACAUGCGGAACUAGAGACCGAGGACGAAGAGAAGAACCCCGAAGAGCAAACGGAAAGGAAUGGUGAUGUGGCAAACCUAGAGAGUGAAUCCAAAGUUUAGUCCCCUGCCUGGGCAACCCCUUCUCCUCUCCCGACACAACCUUUUUCUCCUCGCUCAUGCUCUUUCUUUCUGUCUCUCUCAUUUUGUUCUUUCUUCCUUUCUUUCCAUUUCAUUUUGCCAUGACCCGCAAACACAUCUUCAAGGUGUAAAAUAUCUACCUGCCCUCUCUCAGUGAUUCAGAUGGAUAAAGGAGACAUGAGUUGGGUUAAGGGGCAAGGUGCCCUCACUGUGGCCCAAGUUGGGUCUCCUCCCAGAAUACCCUGCAGCCAACACCUACCCAAUGAAGCCAGUCACCUGCAGGUGUUUGACCAGACCAGAGAAUUCUGAAGGGUGUGUUACAGAGAUUACCUGGUUAAGACAAGAAGAGUCUCGGGUGCCUAAUUAUUCAUGCAGUGAGACAUGGAGGAUAGCCCUCAAAUUCCAAGAUUCCAGUGAAUGCCAUCUAGAAGGUGAGGUGCUUGCCACGUGUGGGCAUUGUAGCCACCGUGCCCGGGUGAGCUCAAGACAAAACACUGUACAUAGAUCUGCCUUAUGUAAUUAUGGUUUUUCUUUUCACAGUUAGUAAUAAAACCACGCAUGUACAAAAGUACUGUAGAACAGAACUCUUAAAUAAUGUACAUAGAUGUAUAAUUAAUGUAGGUUUAGAUAUAUAACUUUAGAAAUAAGAUGCAAAAAAAAUUUGUAAAAAGAAAAAAAGAUUCCCAACUGUCCCAUAGACAUUUCUGUUCCGAUGUCUGUGUUCUCCAGAUGAUUUUUGAACCCCCUUGACCGCUGGCCCCUCAGUGCAUGGCCUUUCGUAUGUGUCCCAGAUUGGCAGCCAUUUAAGGUACCUCCUGACUUCCUUGCUGAUCCUUUUAGUGAAUCUAAUAAGCCAUAGGUCUGGGGAAGUUGAGAGGUCCAAUAGAUGGCAAAACCCACCACCAAUAUGCUGAUAUACUGUGAAAUGUUUACAAAACUAUGUCUUUUCUUUUUUAAGAUGUAAGGGCCUCACUGACUAGCCUGCGGAAUAAUAGGAAGAGGGCGUUCUCCCACGCUUCGCCAAUGAUAGUGUUUAGGCUCUUCACGUCAGCUCUCACCCUUUGGAGGAGAGUAGUUUGGGGAAAUUCUGUUCUACAAAACCUUGACUCUCCAGCUGUUCCACUCUGUGGUCAUGAGAAUCUGCAGACGCCCUGAAGACAGACAUGCUACGCUCACAGAAGACGGCUUGGGUCUAGGGCAUGCAAAUCAUGAAGGCCUUACAUUGGCAACACAUAUUCUAAUCAUUCAUUCACAUCCUUGGAUUCUAUCUUGCACUCUGAGGAUAUUGGUUGGCCUGUCUCUGGGGGCGUGCCCGUGAGCACUUCUGGAAAUCUUAUGAAGUGACGACAGUUCUACUUUCAAAGGUCAGAUCAACGAUCUUGGAGAGUGUCUAAGCAAUCUCUCCUAGACCCUGUGCCACAGGUUAAACCAAAUCCAGUCUCCGGCCCCCAAGAGAGCAAAUGAAGAACUGCAGCCUGGAUGCCUUUUCCUCUGAAUUAGGUAGCGAUGGAAGGGAAGAAACGAGAGAAGGAAGGGAAAAAGGAAGGAAGGAAGGAAGGAAGGAAGGAAGGAAGGAAGGAAGGAAGGAAGGAAGGGUGAUUUGUACUGAAAAAUCUAAGUGUCACGAGAAAAAAGAGAGACUCAGGCAAAAUUCAGGGGCAGGUGGAGAUUUUGCACUGUGAUAGAGCUUUUACUUUCAUUUCACAUUUAUAAACUGUUUGUUCCUUAACGCAGUGGCCCAUCAUAAAUAUUCAUUAUGGAUCCAAGUUUAUUUUCAGCUCCGACAGCUGGGCUCAGUUUGAGGCUUUGCACCAUGUAGGUCAAAGACAUCAAACUAGCCGUCCCUCUCCAUCCCCCUCACCUCCACUGCCCAGAUCGCAUGGGCCUUUGAUGCGCUUUCAGGACUUGGUCUACGAAAAAGGAUGUCCCAGAGACAAGGAAAGUGGCUCCUAAAUUUACCGCAGGACAGGGCGGGGGAGGGGUGUCUCUCCCUCCCCCUUCAGAGACCUUGCUUCAGGACAACUGCUUCUUAGCACUGACUCGGUGGGGAAACACACUCUUGGCCAGGCCCUUUCCUGAUGGCUGGCAUUUCGUCUUUUUUUUUAAAUGUGUACUGAGUAUCUGUUGAGUCCUUUAUUCAUCUCACACACUCUGCAGAAAAGGUUGUAGUCCAGGAGGCGGGCACCCAGUACACUUCCUGCAAGGAUGUGGGCAGGUACAGUGGCCUUACCUUAGCGGUAGCUCUUCAAGGGCCCUCAUAGAAGCACUAACCCCUGCAGCUGCAGCAGCAGCAGCAGCAGCAGGGUUGUAUGGCUGGGCAUAGGCAGCAUGAAGCAACAUGGGAUAGAACUGUGAAAAGUCUGUUCACUUGGCUCUUGAAGACUCAUUGGGCCUUUCCAAAUCUCCGACUCGAAUUGAAAGGGCAAUCCACCUCUGCUGUCUUCUGAAGAGCAGCCUGGCCAUCUGCUGCCUGCCCGUUAGCACAACCGAACAGAGAGCCGUGGCAACACAGCGUCACCCGUACGUGUCGGUUCUGUAUCUGGAGCAGGGCACCCAGGGGUGUGAUGCUUGUCGCCUGUCCUUGCUCUCUUUGCUGUCCAGGUGGGUGGAGACAGAACAUGAACCAAAUCUCACUUUUGUAACCUGAGCCUCUGACUCUUUAAACGAGGCUCCACAAGAACCUUUUACUAGAAUGUCCCGAUCAAACAGGUCUAUUUUUCUACAACUGUUGAUAAUACAGUGGAACAGGUAUUUUGUGUCAAAACUGUUACAAUGCAGAACUGGACGAAGUUCAUUAAGACUGACUUUUCUAAGCAGCAAGUACUGAAUGCAGUUUUUCAUUACGACCAUUCAUUGAAGAAGGCCUCCGUUUCUCCCCCUUCUACUCCACAACACCCGUCCUCCAGUCUCACGCUGUCACCCUGCGCGCAAAUCAAGUUCCAUGAAGAUAAAUAAGCCUAUUGUAACGCAAUGAUAGCCAGAGUCAUGAGGGGCACUCUCGGCUUGGCAGGUUAAGCUGUUUGCUUGGUGUGUUUAAGUCAUGUUUGCCCAUCAAAGCAUGUCAGGAUUCGUGAGAAAUUGAGAAAAUUGAACUUAGGGGUUGCAAGCGGCCAUGGUCGAGCCUAAUCUGACAGAGCAAGGUGGUCCUGGGGAACAGGGCAUGUUGAGCUGAACGCAUUCCCUCUUCAAGAAUCGUGAGCCCCUAAAGUACUUCCCAACUGGAGGAGCACCUAUUCAUUUAUCAGUAAGCUUUACAUAGCUCAUAAAAUCGGUUACGUUUUCUGCCAUCCCCUGAGAAAAUCGUCCUCAUCUGCACUCACACAUUACGAAUCACUGUUUCUCCCUUCCUGCAUGGUUGGCCCAAUAUACUGCCUCUCUCUGCCUACGAGAUGGGCCCCUCUCUUCCCUCACCCCCUUCCUCCAGGCACCCCUCUCGUUUAUUCGCGCCCUAAUGCUCCAGCUCCAGAUCGGUUGGCAUCUUCUCCUUAUCAGGACUCCAGCUACCAUGUCUAAAAAGGUCACCAUAUUCCUGAAGCACAAUUUUCUCUUGCGGUUUAAACAAACCAAGGCUCUAACCUGCCUAUUUUUCAUUACGUGCUAAUUAAAAGUAACUUAUGACUUCAUUUCAGAGCCUAAAAUGUUGUUUCCAAGACAACUUUCUUUUAUUUCACCCUCUCCCCACAUUCUCUGCAUUUCAGGGUUCUGACCUCCCCUCCUGCCUUGCUUUCUAAAAUUUAGAUUUAAGUCAGCAUCUUCAUGGUGCUCAGAAACUGUUGGCUAAGGGAAAAGCUGAUGGACAGAGACAACAUGCAUGAGAUGCAUUCAGAUGACUUCCUGAAUGCACCAGAAAACUAUGAAAAUCACUUGAUUAGCCGGGUGAUUUAAGAGAAUACAAUUAAAAUAAACAUAGGAAGCCAGUUUCCAAGGGGUUUGCCAAAAAUCUAACCCAUUGUCAGUCUUUGUUUCCUGGACUUAAAUGAUCGAAAAGAGUCAGGAAGGUAGCCAAAAGUGACUGUCCUACACACAAGAUGAGCUUUCUCUUCCAUCAUUAUUUCCCUUCAGUGAACGGCUAGAAGGUCAAAACAGGUCCGCAAAAUAUGAACAGAUGAUUCAUUGAUAUUACAAUAUAAUAAAAUGAUCUUAAUGUGUAUCUAGAUUUUAUGGCCACCCUGUAUUUAAGAAAAGUUCCCUUUGAUUUAAAAUUAAGUAGAACGCACUCCUUACUAAUAUUUCUGCCUUUGCUUCUGAUUGAGAAGGUCACCUGGCAGUCAAAGCUCCCAGGAGGCUGAUAAGAAAUAUUGGCAAAGCACUGUGUUCAACGAUAACAAAAUAACAGGAUGCCCAGCAUCAUGUGGUACUGUGGAGCACAGGCAAAAUCGAGUGAUCUCAGUGAAUACUAAAUCCCCAUGGAAACUUCUUCCAUAUCAUCAUUUCCAUUUUGUAGAUAAGAAAGCAGGGGUUUCAGGAAAAUUAAGUAAUUCCCCCAGGGUUUGAAGGUCAAUAAGUUAUAGAACGUCACAAUGCUCUAAGCUGGGGGCUCUUUCUACUACGCAAAGGGUCCACAAACCAAAUGGGUAGCCAAAUCUGGCCCACUGACUAUUUUGUACUAUUUGUGAGCUCUAGAUAAUUUUUACAUUUUUAAAUGGUGGGGGGUGGGGUGGGCAGAUUAGAAGAAUAAUAUUUUGCAACAUAUAAAAAAUCUAUGAAGUUCAAAUUUUAGUGUCUGUAAAUAAAGUUUUGUUGGAACACAGCCACACGCAUUCAUUUCUGUAUUGCCGGUGGCUGCUUCUCGCACGAUGCUGACCAACCAAACCAACUGCCAUCGAGUCAAUUCCAAUUCCUGGCAACCUGAUGUGCUCUAUAGGAGACUCAGUGGCCAAUUUUCAGAAGUUGAGCAUCUGGCCUUUCUUCCAGAAAGCUCCUGGGUGGACUUGAACCUUCAACCAUUCAGUUAGUAACUGAGCAUGUUAACCAUUUGUCCCACCCAGUGGCAGCACAGACAGAACUGAGUCCUUCCAGCAAAGCCUAAAUCCUGAUCCUUUACAAAAAGUUUGCUGAGGCCUGUGUUACAUGACAUACCAUGAAGAAUACAAGGGAAACUUAGAUGAAUAACAUUCUUUUCCAGUAUUAAUGAUUGAAGUCACUCCUAGGUCUACUCAACAGAAAAAUGACGUAAGUUUUGGUAAUAGAUGCAAAUGAUACAUAAGAUUUUGGGGGUUCAGGGAAACCAUCUUUCCUUUUCAGAGUCAUCCCCAAGAGGCUCAAUAAGAUAAACCACCGCCUCAGAAAAAGGAUCAGCUAAAACCACCUGGUCACUACAAUAAACACAUGGUAGCAUCCCGCUCCAUCACUGCAGGGUUGCAUCCCGGGUCCCCAUAGGCAUUUGACUAUGUAGACAGCAGGACCACUGAUCUUUGCCCAGUGAAGUAGAGCUGGACUUGGCAGCAGUUGGCAACACAUCAAACCAACUACCCCUUGUCUACGUGACAUCUCUUGUAUGGGCAGUCUUGGAAAAGAUCUUAAUGGGCUGCAGGAAUGCGUGUGCUAUGUUUUCUUGCUAGUUUGCUGUGACCCACCACUGAGGAAUGUGAUGAAACUGAGCCUUGAGCUACUUCUGCUCAUGUUUAAUUGUCGUUUGGGCUCUUUCCCGCCAUCAGCUGGAAUUUGAACGCACACACACAAACAUACACACAAGAAGAGGACAAAGUGAUUCUCUUGGAAAACCACUAGGUUCUUUGAACAGAGCUCAGGGAGAAACAGAAGGGUCGUUAAACGGGUUGUUGGAUGGUUUGCCACUUUCUGAGUCCGAAGCACAAGAUAAAGAUUGGUCCUCACAGACAAGUUGGAUUAACACAAUCCAGACAAUGAAGCUUUUAGAUAAGUCGAUAUUAAAUGGCAUUCUGAAGGAUCGCUAAGCUGAGCCCACUCAUAGUCCCAGGAAGCGUUUCUAAUACCAGAGUUAGGUCAGUCAAGGAAGGUUCUUUAUCAUUCUAGUUCUAUGGAAAGAUAGAACAAGUUUUCUUAUAAAUGCUUUCCUGGAAACUAGGUGGGGGAAAAAAGUUUUGUAACAGAUCAUGGUGAUGUUGUCUUGCCAACAGAUAAGUGAUGGAUGUUGCGGUGGAUCCAAUCCUUGCCUGACACUAAGUAUGUAAUGGUGUUUUGCAAUAGAGACCGUACAAAAGCAUGUGACCCUUAAGCUACAUGCAACACCAUAACAAAUAAGUGGGAGAAAAAUCUCAAAGUUCAACACCAUAAAACUUAAAAAUAAAUGUAAAAGGAGUCAAACUUCUACUUGGCCUUAUUGCCUUGGUAAGAAGAGAGCUUCAUGCAGCCACCUAACUCAAAUCAGAGAAUUCUGGAGAAAGGAAGUCAAACUACUUUAAGACACACAAGAGCAGUUCAUGGUGAUGGUCAACAUGAUUAAAGAACAGGGAUUUAUCGCCUAUGGAAAUAGUAUGUAUUAAGUUCUUUUUAGACUACAUCCCUGGAUGUGCACCCUAAGGUUUUCUGUGAUUGGCCAGAGAACUAUGACCACAUAGUCAACAAAUCUUGACUUCAGAAAAUGAACUGUUCCUGAUGAUAAGUAAAAUCGGCCAUGUCAAGAUUAAGGCUCAGAAGCCCAUUGUAUUAACCUUGAUCAUAAAUACUGUGAAACCAACUUGCCAAUCUUCUUCACAAUAUGAAGGGCUGUUUAUCUCAGGCAAUGUAAAUAUCUGCUACCAACAAGAACUCGUGAAAUAAAUAAAGUAACUUAUCACCAUGUUAGAGAUUCUGAUAGGAAUCCAUCCAUCCAAAGGAGAAAGCAAUUCCAGGAGCCUAAGAUCAGGCUUUGACUAGUUCAGACUGAAUAUCUUAGGGAAGCUAUUGAUGUGGCUUUAUCCCACUAACUGUGAUUAACAGAUCUAGAUCACCUGGAGCACAAAAGAGCUGGGUUCCUAGCAACCACGCAUGAUCUGUUUAUGAUCUGAACAGAUUUCCAUCUGUUCUCAGCAGGUACCAUUCAAGCACUGGGAGUGGGUAUGAGCAAUACUCCCCCUUGGUUCAUCUUUGGACUGUCCAGACACCUUGACCAUGCACACCUGCUCUGGCUCUCUGCAUGAGAUAUGGUCCUGCCCUUCUAGACAAGGACCACUGCCCAGAAGUGUCAGCUGGGGACGUGUAUGCUUUAAGUCUACCUUAGCCAGCCCCCUUGGCCCGACAGAGCAAUCACAUGAGUCAAGGAUAAUAGUUCUCCUUGGAAGGAGACAACUGGAAUUAAUUAAGACAACUGGAAUCUCCUUAACACUGGGUGUCCCUCCUAUACAUCAGUCAGUAGAAAUAAGGCGAUAGUAACACAUUAGUGGAGGAAGUAUGUGGAAGGCCAAAAAGUUCUAAUUUCCACAUGGUAACUAUUUCAGGUAUUACCAAAAAACAAUGUAAUUCAUCACCUUUUGUGAUGUAGCGAUGUCAGGAGCAAACUCAGGUAGCCCACAUCCCUCCUUCCAUAGCCCGAUCCUGUUCUCUCUCUUCAAGUCGUUUGGAAUACUUGUCGUUUGGAAUACUUGUCGGGUCAAACCUUCCCAUGACCAAUAAAACAUGGUCAAGAAACCCUACAAGCCCUCCUUAUCCUGCGACAGGGCUGUCCCAGGAGAACAGCAAUGUCAAGAGUCUCACCUCUGUGUGCAAGGCACUCCUGUGGACAUCAACAUGGAGGGCACAACUCGUCCUGUCCCCAGAGGCAGCAGAUUCUCAUGCUGCCCAUGUGUGCUUCCUGCAUUUCCCCUCUCAGCUCACUCCUAAAGGUAGAGUUCCUGAUGCCUUCCUCGAAAGGUCAUUGCAUUCUUGAGUAGUGGUCACAAUCUAAAAAAAAAAAAAAAGUUGUCAUCUAAUUGGCUCUGCCUCCAGGUGAGGCCACGUGUGUCUGGGGAAAGCUGUGUGCCACGUGGUUUUCAGGGACUUGAUUUUAGAAGAACAUGACCAGCUCUUCCUUCCAAUUCACCUUUUGAGUGGAGUUGAAUUUCCCAUCCUUUGGUCAGUCAGAGUGCUAACUGAACCUCCAACCUUUUGGUUACAGGUCAAGUUCUCAAUGUUUUGGGCCACCCAGUCACGGUAUAUGGAUUUUGUUGUGUACUAUCAAGUCAGUUCUGAUUGAGAGUGACCUUACAGGACAGAGCAGCUACACAGGCUUUCCUAGACUAUACAUCUGUAUAGGCAGAGAUGGCUAGGUCUUUUCUCCCAAAGAGCAGCUAGUGGAUUUGAACCACUAACCCUUCUGUUAGCAACUGGGUGCCUAACUCUUUUACUCCCAGGGUUCCUUCCUCACAAUCUAGAAACCUAUUAUUGGGGCAUUGAUCCUACCACUAAUUGCACAUCACUGAUUUUAAUAGAAGAUGUCAUCUGUUCAGAAUCUGCAGUGUGAAAUCAAAACAUCAGAAAAUUUUGUUUGUGCCCGUAGGCAGCUUGAGAGGUCACAAGCAACCAUUGGGCUUAUAUAAAUCAGUGACUACAAAGAGUAGAGUGUAAGAUAAGGUCUAAUACCAAAAAAGAGUCAGAUGGGGACGCCAGCUUGUCCAGUGAGGUCUUCUGGUCUUUUGUAACCUAUGGUUAGGCUGGUCACCUUGCCAAAGAAGGUCCUGGGUAUUCUGCCUAAUGGUUCCUGGUGUAAAACCUCAAGCCACGCAGGGACAAUAGCACACUCUCACACAUUCUCAGGAGUCUGAAAUGAUGACCCAGCAGCAGCCUGUUUUGGCACAGUGGUCCUAACUCCCCCCACUGUCUGCACAGACGGUGCUGUGGGGAAAAAACUGAGCACCCAUGUGGUGCCUGGUUCCCCGGCUGCCUCCAUGGCAACCUCCAGCCUAUCAACGUGGACCGCUUUCCUGCAGACUCCUCAGAAACUUGGUUUGGUAGAGCCACAGGAGCUGGGCUCCUAAAGACUGCUCCACACCUACAGCUUGGAGACAACCAAGGAACUGUAGGGCAGUUCCCAGGCAAACAGGCCCUCAGCCAGCAUGCCAGGUGAAGGAUAUUCCAAAUUCUCUUGUUCCUCAAAUGGUACACACUUAUGUAGCCAAUUGUCCCCUGACAAAGCUAUUCUUUAAACCACUAUCCCUCCCAGCAACCCCUCCACACACACAUAUCACACAUUUGCCUUUUUUUAAAAAGAUUCCGAAACUGAAUUGACAUCAUGUGAUGGAAUAAUAUCCAAGGAGCUGGCAUUUAAUUAUUUUGUAACUCUUUGUCUUUGAAGUUGCCUUUUUCCAUCUGCCUUUGAAUGGGAGGACAGUCCCCUUUACUUUGUCAGGAAAUGUCAAGUGUCAUUCAGAGCUCAAGCCUUCAGCAUCCUGGCCCACUGACUAGGCAGGAAUUGUUGUGGUUGUUAGAUGCCAGUAAGUCAGUUCCGACCCACAGAGACCCAUCCUGCGCCAUCCUCACAAUUAUGGUCACGAUGAACCAGGAAAGCUCUGCAGCACUUGGCUGGACGCGCAUCUCAUGGACAUUUUGAAGAUGCUGGUGGUUCGGGAGGAUGCGGAGCACUGUGCCAGAACCAAUAGUCAGAGAGAGGAGAGUAGCCUUCAAGCCUCAUCUUACAUGGGUCCGACCAAGUCAGAUCCCAUGACUGCAGAGGCUCUGGUUGUCUGACCUGGCCUGUGUGGGGUGUUUUCAUGUCAAUGAGACCUCACCACAGUCCGAAGAACCAUAGUGGAUGAUUUUACUUCUAUAUUAUUGUCUAAUUCCCUACCAACAGGAGGAGCCUGGGGGACAAGCAAGGAGUAGCUAACCUCAAUGUCAGCAGUUAACGCCCCAGCCUCACUGCAGGAGAAAGAUGAGGCUGUCUACAAUGGUAAUGAUUUACAGUCUCCGAACCCCUACGGAGUAGUCCACACUGUCCGAGAGGAUCGCCGUGAGUUGGAAUUGCCUGGACACUAGCAGAGCUUGAUUCAGUUACAACAGGCAAGAAGAAGUGUGACUUGUUAUCAUCUGUUUCCCUAUUCACAUCUUCAAAGAGCUUUUCUUUCUUUUAUUCCCUAAAGCAUUCUUUCCUCAAAGACAUCUGUUGUACACUACAUAGGUGCACACUACAUGGUGUGCAUGUUGCACACUGCAGGGGCAGUGUUCCCAGUCCUCCAUUCCAAUCCAUCACAGUGAACUCUGCCUAACAAACACAACAACAUACAUAUACGCAUAUAUACACCUUGCAUGAACAUACACACGUGUACACACAUACAUGCACACACACAUUUAUCCCUCCCGCCCCCCCCAUCACCAAAGCUUUAAGAAGAACAUUCCCUCCUCCCUUCCCAUUGCUCAGGCAUUUGUUCCAACCUGUCCCCUAAGCGUCCCUAAAUCCAUAGGCUAUGGGUCACUGCUAUGGGAGCUGCCUUUCAGGCGUUAUUUUGAAGACACACCAGACUCAGACUUAGGAGACUAGGAUUCUGGUCCUGGUUCUGUCCCCAGAUGCGCUGUGUGGUCUGAGAAAAAUCAUCUAACCACUCUGAACCAAUUUGUGUUCACAAGCAUUUGAACCACAUCUCCCUUGCUUCUUUCAGGCCCCUAUCAGUUUCUGUGUGCUGAAUGGUUUCGCAUUAAAUCCUUCUCUUUUUAAAAAUUAUUUCACUGAUUGCUUUGCUGGGAGCCGGGACAUGUCACGAUUCUCCACAGGCUGGUCUCUAGCACCCUUCACCCACCAUAAGUGUCUGCCCCUCUCAUCUACCGUCACUAAAUGGCUAGCAGACAGGUAGGCAGAGAGUUAAGUAGCUUCAAGAAAACAAAGGCCUUCCCUAAUGCACCAUGCAGCUUCUAUAGUAGAAAAAAAAAUCCCAGUUGAAGGUGCACUUCACCAAUAUCCAACCUGAACUUGGCUGCAGCCAGCCUGAACCUCCAGGCACACCUCAGUCAGCUCCAGCAACUUGCUUUGAGACCAAAUCCAGCUCUCCCCUGCUUGAAGAGUGUGCCUGAGGCCAGAGGCAGAAACACUUCAACCCCACACCAAGCAAAAUAUAAUUAAAUCAAUUGACAUCAAGUCAACUCCUACUAGAGGCAACGCCAAUUGUAUCAGAGUAGAACUGUGCUCCAUAAGGUUUUCAAUGGCUGAUUUUUGGGGAAGUAGACAGCCAGGCCUUUCUUCCAAGGUGCCUUUGGGUUGACUCAAGAAUGGCCACUAGUAGUUAGUUGAGUACUGAAUGUUUUGCACCACACAGGAAGCCCAGAACAUCAUUGUUGCCAUUACUAUGUGCUAUCAAGUUGAGGCUGACACAUUGCAAUCCUGCAGGACAAGGAGAAUUGCCCCCAUAGCAAGGUUAAAAAAAAAAUCAAACCCCAAUAACAUUCUAAUUCAACUACUUUAGUUUAGCUAUAUUACUCUUUUCUCCUCUAGCACUCUUAAUUGAAAGGUACUAAGUUGUAUCUGUCUUCUUUGAGAUCUGAAUUGUUUUUCCCUUGACCCAAUCAAGCAAAUUGUCGUUCUGUGAACCAUUGCCUCAGAUGAAAAAUUACUCUAGGAAGUUCACUAGUUCUCAAAUCCAUAACAAUGCCAACAUUUCAGUCAUUUUUUAAUCCCAAGUGUAGGUAACAGAGAGUAAGGCUGAACUUGGCUUGGGGAUUGCAUGUUUGUGGGCUUUUGUGUUUCCGUUGACCUGGAAGUACUCUGUCUGACCACCACCAAAAUACGCAAGACUCAGCAGCUCUUAGCACUGGGUCAUCAAGUUGGAGGAGUGAUUUGAGUGCAGGUCAGCUUCCCAGCUCAAAUAUCCGUUCCUAGAUAAUACUCAACUCAAGUUCACUGCCACUGAGUCAGUUCCAACACAGAGUAAGCCUUUAGAAAGUGGCAGGGCACAGACCACUUGAUCAUCAAUUUUGUCUCCAGAAAUAUUUUUUAAGAGCCCAAGUCAUUGGUAAAAUGUAUAUUCUCUAGAGAUAAAUUUUAAAAAGUUAUCUUUUACAAGAGAACCAAGUUCACAUCAUUCCCAGGCACCAAUGCAGUCACCUAACCCUGAACAAGGAUAAAACCCCACUCAACAGAGGAUGAAAGCUGUCCAAUGUCCCCAUGUUUUAUUGUCCCAAACAUGGACUCACUGACACAUGGGGCUGCUAGGACUCAAACUUGACUAAGGAUACACACUAGCAACAACCCAGUGUCGAUCGACGAACACCCCAUAGACUCUCAGCAAACAGCAGGCAAUGUCCCAGCCAAGGGACUUCGGAGACCCUACAGGCCGUGGCUACCUUCCCCUGUCCUCAGCAGGCCUGCAAUCUCAUCGCUACCAACUCUUCCUUUGUGACAAGUAUUUCCCCAGUGUAUCCAACCACACAAACCCCUGCGAGGAAAUAUCAGUUCCCACUUUACAAAUGAAGAAGUCGAGGCAUAGCGGAGUUAAUUAACUUAAUCUAGUUUGGGGAAUGAGCUAAGCAAAUGCGAAGAUGGAUAGGUACAUUAACUGCUGUGGGAUAGAAAGGACACAGAUCAGGAAUGAUGCCAUAGUAAGAAGGGAGGGACACAUGUCCUGAGCCCUGAAAGACUAGGUGAGUUUGAAAGGUAGGUAUCCCGGGGGGUCGGGAGGUGGGGGUAUUCCAGUUUGAGGGACCAGCAUGGGAAAAGGCCCAAAGAUAGACAGAUGCCCAAUGGUACCUUGGUCAGCCUACAUGGGGUCCGCCAGCUUAUAGUUGGGUUUUAGGAAAUAAACAUUUGAGAAAGCCAACUGGUGCUACAUUUUAGAAGAGGUUGAAUUCUAGACCAAGGAACAGAAACUGAGGAAAUAAUUGCAUGGAUACAGUUAUUAAUUAACCCCUUCAGUGUACUUUUAAGUUGUGCUUGAGAGCCUUAAGUUUUGAGGCUCUUAAGUAGUUAGGAUUAGAUGAAAAAAUAAAUUCCACUAGAUGAAACCAAACUCUCCUGGCCAAGACUGGAAGCAUUUUGACUGAUUCCGUGGAUUUGUGAAAAGCCGAAGACCACCUUGGCGGAGCUCCCUGCCAACCCUGAGACAUCAUAAAGCAAGGGUUAUCACAGGGCAGGUUUAUACGAAUACAGUACACAAAAUAAUCGGAAGUUUUCUGAGCAGAGCCAGAAAACAGGAUGCGCAGGAAGAAAAUGGGGUACCCCCUCUUUCAUAUAUCCAACUGAGGCUGCUUACUUUUCUUCAUGAUCAGGCACCUGAAAUUUGCUUCUGAAGUCAAUAUUGCCAGCCUUUCCCCCAAACUUUUAGUGGGGGAAAGGAACAUCAGGGAGGGCUAAAGUACUGGUUUGGCUCCUGACCCACACUUGUGGUCAUUUUGUAACUCCCUUUACUCGAUUCCACGUAUGUCUGUGCACGGAUAGUGAGACGAAAGCAUGCCAACUAUGAAAGCACAAAACUAUGUAUUGAGAAAUUCACUACAAUGCCAAAAUUUUUUAGAAUAAUACUUAAAAACAGAUAUAUCUUGAAGAACUCGCUGUGUUAGGGAAACUGUUUACAUAUUAAGGCGUUCCUCUUUUUUUGACUGGAACAAUAAAAAAAAUUUGAUAUGGUCUUGA